UUGGUGGAGAGAUCAAGACUUCACACCAGGAACUGCAGCUCCAGUCGGGUGUCAGCUCUCAACUGAGCGGCAGGCUCCACCUACUCCGCCCAAGUGGCUCCGCCCCCUCUGCUCAGAAGCCGCUGUAAGAGCAACCUUUUCAAGUGAGGGAGUGCUGAGUCCCUGAGUCACCACACUGCAUUCUGGGAUAGUCUGGAACCCUCUCCAUGGGCUGUACCACCUGCUGACAAACCAGGGGGGUCUGGAGGAGUUGUGUUGAAUGAGGUUUGUGCUGUGCGUGGACGGGCUUGCUUUUGCAGGGAAAUGAUUCCACAUGAAGUACGGCACACUCGGCCCCCCGUCGUCGCCGGCGGCAGCAGCAGGUGUGAUGUCGUGACACUCUCCCCUACCACACUGAGCUCACCUUUCAGACGCUAAAGACCCCUGGACCGAAGAGACCGCCCUACCCCUCCCCUCUAACCACCCCUCCAUAUCUUCAUCUCCAUCUUUAAUCCUUCCUCACCUGUUCCUUAGGGCCUGGAUUUUCUUUGUUAUCAAGAAAAGACCUGAUAAUCAACAGCUUUGGGUGAACUGGCUAGAGAGAAAGCGAGACAAGAUUAGGAAGGUUAAUUUAUAGCUAAUUAAAGUGAGACAAAGGACAGAACAUCAAACGUGAGGGAAAGAGCAAGGGAAGUGAAGUGGAAAGGCAGAGAGAGAGGGGGAACAAAAAAGAAAGGAAAAAGCUAGAGAAGUCCAAAAGUUGAGGAAAGAAAACGCAAGUACGGUUGAGGGACGUGAGGCGAAAUCAUGAAGUCCAACCAGGAACGCAGUAAUGAAUGUCUGCCCCCAAAGAAGAGGGAGAUCCCCUCAAGCACAUUACCAUCUGAAAAUCGUCCGCAUACCAUGCCACCUGCCAGCGACAGCCAGCGCACGGAGAACAUGGCCUGGCUUGCCAGUGUGGCUGGUGGGAAUGAGAGCAGUGUGCGUGGGCACCGUAGCUCCAGUCAGUCUGAUGGGCCCCAGUAUAAAUCCCUCUCCUCCACAUCAGACUCUUCAUCCUCCUCUUCCUCACUGAGGCUAGUCUCACCUCUUCCUACAGUUUAUACAUCCCCCUUGUCACAAUCCACAGUUGGAGGAACUGUCCAUUACACCCAACUGCCUCCCAAUCUGCAGUUUAUAGCCUCUCCCUACACUGCCCCAUACACAGGCUACAUCUCCCCUCAACUGCUCCCACCUCCUCCUCCACCUCCCCCCCUCUCCUCCUCCUCCUCUUUUGCUGCACAGAGACCCUCACACACAGAGACAGCCUCUGCUCCUUCGCAGACCUCCAAACAUGACCAGCAGCGAGUAUCCAGCGGGCGGACCUCCAUGCCUCCGCCCCCUACAGACCUCGCCCCUCACCAUGUUCAGAUGUCAACUUCCCCGCGGACUGUUCAGUCGCCUCAUCACCAAGGAGGCAUUCACCUUCCUCCCCAGUCACUGCACCCCCACCAUACUUUGGGGCAUGGGAUGUCCCAGGUCGUGGUGCAGUAUACUGACGGACACACCAGGAAAGAGGACGGUGGCUCCAGACCCAGAGAGCUCCACAAUGGAGAGCUGGAAAGGGGCCGGCGGUUUGGAGCAUCCCCUGAAUCCAGCCUCUCCAAGUCAGGGAGCAAAUCACGGGAUGCCACUUCUUCUUUAUCCGCCUAUGAGGCCCGCCAGCUGGUUCUGCCAUCAGACUACUCUACUCAUGAUCCCUCAGGGCUGAGAACCUCUGUCAUGCUAAUGCCCAACAGCCACGGGGACCACCAGCUGGCACCACCCAGAGCCAGCCCUGAGAAGCUGACAACCUCUGCCCCCUCACACCUGGAAAAGGGUGGCAUCAUCCUGGGCAAGCCUGUCAAUCGCACACCCUCUUCCUCCAACAACACCUCCUCGUUCACAUUUCCACCCCCAUUAAGUGUAGACAGUCUGAAAGCUGCUGUCAGCACACUGCCGCCCCAGACAGUUAUCCAGACCACCCACAGUGCUACAGAGUCACUGUCAAUGGGACUCCCCUCUACAAGUAUCUACCCCCAGCCUCCUAUCAUUGGUUACAUCGCAGGGGGCAGUGGAAGCCAGCAUACGCCAAUCAGCUACCACACCAGCCUACAACAACACUUACUCAUUCCAGGCGCCCAACCUGUCAUUAUCCCUGUCAGUGGAGGUGGAGUCACCGCAUUGGAACCUGUGACCUCCCACGUGACAUCAUCUACCCAAGCCGCACCUUUUCCUACCACACUCCCACACACGUACAUUGCUGCCACUGCUCCCAAAGGAGAAACGCUGGAACCCCACAGCGGCUCGUACCACCAGGCCGCUUCAGGUGCAGUGGUCCAAGCCCAGCUUCAUCUCCCCAUUGUUCCUGCACCGUCGGGCCUGGUUGCUCCUUCCGCUCCUCCUCCCCCAUCCAAUACGGCCAUGCCUCCCUCACUCCCCCCGUACUUCAUCAAGGGCUCCAUCAUCCAGCUGGCCGACGGGGAGCUGAAACGUGUGGAGGACCUGAAGACGGAGGACUUCAUCCAGAGUGCUGAGAUCAGCAGUGAGCUGAAGAUCGACUCGUCCACGGUGGAGCGCAUCGAAGGGAGCCACACCUCACCCAACUUUGCCGUGGUUCAGUUCUCUGUUGGUGAGCACCGUGCACAGGUGAGUGUGGAGGUCUUGGUGGAGUAUCCCUUCUUCGUCUUUGGCCAAGGCUGGUCUUCAUGCUGCCCGGACCGGACCACCCAGCUUCUGGAGCUGCCUUGCACCAAGCUUUCUGUGGGCGAUGUAUGUAUUUCACUCACCCUCAAGAACCUGAGGAAUGGAUCUCUGAAGAAGACUCAGCCUCUGGAGCUGGCCACCCCUGCCUCUGUCCCAGCCUCCAGCCACGGGCACCUCAAACCCCCAAGACCUGUCUCAGACGCUCCCCAAGGCUGCAGUGGAGGGGGCUCCAGGCACAGCGAGCGGGAAAAUGGCAUCAGCCAGCGGGGCAGCGGUGGAAGCGGGAAUGGGAGUGGAGGGGGAAACAAUGUGGAAAAUGGGGAUCUUAUGUUUGGGGACAGAGGGUCACUUUCUAAAGGUCAGGUUGCCAGCGGCGCAGAAGCUGGCUCCAGUAAGCCAUCAGGCGGUAGGAAGCGCAGGUGGUCUGCCCCUGAAGGUCGCAAAGUAGAAAAAUCAGAAGAGGAGCCACCUUUGACCCUGCCCAAACCUUCCUUCAUCCCUCACGAGGUGAAAGUCAGCAUCGAGGGAAGGUCGAAUAUUGGCAAGUGAAGGCAGGACUGUUAGUAAC